GCACAGUUAUAUUUUUCUCUCGGUGUUGUCAAGUACGGAAAAGAAUUUUAGCGGUGAAAAUUUCUUUUGCUUUAAAACAUCAAACUAAUGAUAUUGCACAAAUAAAAAAUACACAAAAAAAAUAUGCAUCUGAGUGAAAGAAGAAAAGCCAAAUAAGAAAUAGCAAAGAUAAUGAUGAUGGGCAAUUUGUUAAAGAAAUAUUAACAAAAAAAAAAAAAAAAAAAAAAGAUAAAAAAAAUCAAAAUAAAGCAAAACAAAGCGAAGUGAGUUAGGAUUUGCCGUCUUCAUCAGAAGAAGCAUAUAAUCAUAUUGUUAUUAACAAAUCAAAUCAACAAAGUAAUAAUAGGGAGAAAUAGAAGAAGAAAACAAAAAAAAAUAAAAAGAAAGUGAAAUAAAAACGUAGCUGAGUCUUUCUUUUCAAGAAGCAUUAGAGCUAACAAGAAGUAAAAGAAAAGAAGAAGAAGAAAAGAAACACCAAACAUACAAGCAAGUCCCAACCACAACAACAAUACAUAACUAUACAAGAAGUUUACAAGUUAGCCCAACAAACGUCCCUUCCUUGCGUGCGUGCGUGAGAAUCUCCUCCGAAGACAACCAGCCGUGUGGUGUCUGUCCUUCUGAAUGUGUGCCUAAGUGUCCGGUGCGUUCUUUGGCUGUAUCGUAAGUGUGUGUGUGUGUUUGCUGUGCUGUGGUGCCUUGCCCCAGUGCCUCAGUGUCUGCCGCAUAAAAACCAACCAACCAUUGCCAUCACCACAAGGAAAAAAGGAUACAAUUUUAUUGAUUAUUUUGUUCCAAAGGAAUUCGAACUCGGUGGAAAUUGGAUUUAAUUUGUAAUGGAUUUCGUGUAGAAAAGGCAGUGCAGCGUGGAAAAAUCACAAUUGAAUUUAAUUUUCGUUCUUCUUCUUCUUCGAGGACGCAGAAAGUAAAGUUGUAACAAGUGUCUUGUUUCGUUUACAUUCCAUCGUUUCCUACCCCCCAAUAUUUUUGUUGCUGUACUGUGAAGACAUUCCUGGGGCAAGAUGGUGCAAAAAUUCCAAUCUCCCGUCAGGGUAUAUAAAUAUCCCUUCGAGCUGGUUAUGAUGGCCUAUGAAAAACGUUUUCCCAAAUGCCCCCAGAUGCCCAUAGUUUUGGACUGUGAAAUUGUCAAAGAUGAGAUACUGGAAAAUGGCGCCCAACGUAAAACCAGUCGUCGCUGUAAACUGGCCGUAGAUGCCCCGUAUAUUUUUAAGAAACUGAUCGGUGUCGAACAUGUCUACUUCAUACAACACAAUUACCUCGAUCUGGCCAAUCGCACGCUCAACAUCGAGGCCGUCAAUGAAAGUUUUUCCUCACGUAUUGAAAUUUUUGAACGUUGCCGUUACUAUGCCCAUCCGGAUAAUCCCGAUUGGACAUGCUUCGAUCAAACUGCCACAUUGGAUAUUAAAAAUUUCUUUGGUUUCGAACAUUCCAUGGAGAAAAUGGGUAUGAAGCAGUAUACCCAGACGACACUCAAGGGCAAGGAGAUUAUAGAAUAUUUUAUAAAUGAAUUGAAAGAGGAGGGUAUAACGGAGGUGCCACGUUGGCAGCCGCCAGCCGAUGCCCCCCUCUCGCCGAAGACAAGGGUAGAGGGUGAGGAGAAUGGUGAAGGUGAAAAUGCCACCGAGGUGACAAAUGGUGUGAGUGGUGAGAAACGGCCGUCUUCACAUGAUAUCCUGCUGGAUGGAGAUUUUAUUGCCAAACAUUUGGGUCAAUUGACACCCAUGCAGGAAUCGAAGCUAUUGGAGUUGCGUAAACUUUUGGACACACCGGGAGAGGAGGUGGAAAAAAUGCCAGAUUAUCAGACGAUAUUGAGAUUCUUGCGAGCCCGCGACUGGCAUGUCAGCCAGGCCUUGGCAAUGCUAAAAGAUUCACUGAAAUGGCGUAAAGAACAGGAUAUUGAUAGCCUGCUAAAGGAAUAUAAAAUGCCCACGGUGGUCUCUGAUCAUUUCCCCGGAGGUUGGCAUCACAAUGACAAAGAUGGCCGGCCAAUUUAUAUUUUACGUUUGGGCCACAUGGAUGUCAAGGGGCUGCUGAAGUCCAUUGGCACCGAAGGGUUCCUCAAGUUGGCUUUACACAUUUGCGAGGAAGGCAUACAAAAAAUCAAAGAAUCCGCUGAAAAUCUUGGCAAGCCUGUAUUGGAUUGGUGUCUCCUGGUCGAUUUGGAGGGUCUAUCCAUGCGUCAUCUCUGGCGGCCCGGAGUCAAAGCUUUACUCAAUAUUAUUGAAAAUGUGGAGCGCAACUAUCCCGAGACAAUGGGUCGGGUUUUGGUGGUACGAGCACCCAGAGUAUUUCCCAUUGCCUGGACAAUUGUUUCGGCUUUUAUAGAUGAAAAUACCCGCUCAAAAUUCUUAUUCUAUGGCAUUACCGAUGAUGAACACACCAAAGAAAGUUUGGAACAAUAUAUCGAUGCUGAAAUUGUGCCCGACUUUUUGGGUGGUCCCUGUAAGCCAUUGCUGGCUCCAUUAUCGUAUGUGGAUCAAAUAACUCCUUACUAUUUUACUCAUUGUUAUUUAGCUAAUUGCGAUUGUACCCUCAUCCAUGAAGGUAGUCUCGUGCCAAAGAAUCUCUAUAAAAUGAAUUCCCUGGAAGAGGGUGAUGAUGAAGCCCUCGAUAAUCACCAUGAGAGCAGCCAGAACUCAGCUGCAGCAACAGCUUCCGCCACCGCCACCGCCGCCGCCGCCGCUGGUGGAAGUUUAGCUCAACAGAAUCUCCAUCAUAAUGUCUACAAGACUGUUGAACUACGUACCGGCUAUUCACAUGAAGUCAUCAUUCGAAAUUCAGAUCCAAAAUCAGUUUUAACCUGGGAUUUUGAUGUUCUGCGCAGUGAUUUGCAUUUUACACUGUUCCGCGUUACCAAAGAGCUGCCCGAGAAACAUGAUUUGGCUGUUUCAUUUUUCGAUAUGAGCGAUUUCACCGAAGGUGUUAAUUAUUUCAAAGAAGAACCAACACUGGUGUGUCACAACAAGGAGAGUGUGCAGGGCUCCCAUGUCAUGAAUCACAAGGACAAUUACGUUAUGCACUGGUUUAGCCCCAGCUGUGGUGCCGAGGGACCAGCUCAACUCAAUUACUUUUACGAGGUCUUAAGUUCCGCCAACUACAAGGGAUCGAUGACAAGUUUACAAUCGGCCUUCUCCUCGAAUUCAGCAUCCAGUUCAUGCCAGAGUCGAUGAUAUGAGGCUAAUGGCAGCAAUGACAAUGCUAACAAUGGUGAAAUUGGCCAACAUCUCACCACGGGGACGUUAAUGGAGAAAAGUCUGGACUAAAGAGAACGAGAGCGAGAGAGAGAGAGAGGGAAACCAUAAUUUUUAACGAAAUAAUUUUACACAAAAUGCGAGUUUUUAAAUGUUGUGUAUAAUGUUGAAACUAAUGUUAAGUUAAUUUAAAAAAAAAAAAAUGAUAUAAACAAAAUUAUAGAAAAAUUAUUUAAUGGUAUCCGACAAAUAUUUGAAUAUACAUACAUAUAUAAUGUUAUAUAUGGCCUAAAGAAAAAAAUUUUA